AUGGACCUAUUAGAAGCUUACCAUAACCUGUUUCUCAUCUACUACUCCGAAGAACCAAACUUCAACACUUGCGAUAUUGAAAUUGCACUUGAACAAGUUGAGCUACUUAUUACUGUCGCUGGUCUCUACAGCUCAAUUGUGGUGACUCGUCCAUACAUAAUCAGCUGCCUCUUCUCCUUUGGUCGAGAGCUUUCUCGAGCAAUUGCUCGUGACCCGCCGCGCUGGGUCAAAGUUGCGAUCUUAAUUGCCUCACCGACAAUAUUCACAGAAGGAGUGGUACACAUUGUGGGCAAAGCUCCCUCUUGGCCAUGGUCUUCCACUAAGCGUGAAGAGCUUGGUGCGAAGGUAGAAAACUUCCUCGACAAGAAGGCCGACGAGCUUGAGGCUCUCAGGAAAGGCAUGGAGAGGACCCUGUUCUUAACUUCCAUUCGCAUCAAUGGAAAGGAAGUUCACCUUGACAAAGACAACGAGAGCACGCGCAAUACCUGGUUCGUCGUCCAGAUUUGGCGUGAUUGGUAUUCUCGAUCUCUUAGCCAAGCUGCACACUCCACGAAUAAAUCGCAAAGCAUGGCAAAAAUUUAUCGUAGCAUUGCCAAAGGCGGUGAUACGUACUUGCCGUUGGAGGAAGUCCUUGACUUGCUGGCGGCAUUCCGUCACACGAAAGAUCACGACACGAAUUUCGACGUUCGAGAAGUCGCAAUGGAUCUGAGACGUAUGAAAGUCUUCGCGUCGCAGAUCGUCAAGCCACUCUGCAUCAACAAUAGCAUGCUGGAUGUCGAUGCAGAAGGUAUUGGACACUUCACCUGCGUAGAGGUGAAGGAUCACGAGUGGGCUCAGCUUGAGACACUUGGCUUAGAUCAUGCUUGA